GAAAAGUAUAAAAUAUUGAGAGGCAAGCUGCCCAUCCUCCUCAUCUAACGUUUACUCUCUCUCUCUUUGCGUCUCUAUCUCUAUCUCUCUGACUCUCCCCAUCUCUCCUGUAACAAACACAACCCAGUAUCAUCAUCAUCAACCCCUUCUCUUUUCACUCCCCAAAAUUGCUAUUAUGUAUUGAAGAUGAGAUUUUACCACUCAAUCUUUUUCAAGAACUUGGGUAGACAAAGUGGUGGCGAAAAUCUUGGUCUAUAAACAAAAGAUGUGGGGAUUUGGGGGAAGAUUUUACUGGGGAAGAAGAGAAAGAGGAGAGGAAGUACAAGGGCUGGUAGUGAUUUAUGCGUGGAUGUCAAGUGAGGAGAAACAUGUUAAGAGCUAUGUUGAUCUUUAUGCUUCUCUUGGUUGGAAUUCACUUGUUUGUCACUCCCAAUUUCUCAAUAUGUUCUUCCCUGAGAAGGGCGCAUCAUUGGCUUCGGAAGUUCUCCAUGAGCUAACUGAGGAGUUAAAGGUAUGCCCAGGCCCCGUGGUAUUCGCAUCGUUUUCUGGUGGACCCAAAGCAUGCAUGUGCAAAGUUCUUCAGAUGAUUGAGGAGAACUGUGCAGAAAAGGCCAAUCGGGACGAAUAUCAAGUGGUCAGAGAUUGCAUUUCUGGUCAAAUUUUUGAUUCUACUCCAGUAGAUUUUACCAGUGAUCUGGGUACGAAAUUCGUUCUUCAUCCAACUGUUCUAAAAAGAUCACGUCCGCCUCUUAUAGCAUCCUGGAUUGCCCAUAGCUUAAAGUAUACUGCAGAUAAAUUCUUUCUUUACAGAAUGGAAUCACUUCGUGCUGAGUACUGGCAAACUCUGUACUCUACAAUUCGUAUGGGGGCUCCAUAUCUUAUUUUGUGCUCAGAAAACGAUGACCUUGCUCCUUUUCAAACAAUAUGUAAUUUUGCUCAGCGAUUAAUAGACCUUGGGGGUGAUGUCAAACUGGUAAAGUGGAGUAGCUCUUCUCAUGUAGGCCAUUAUCGGCGUUACCCAGUUGACUACAAGGCUGCUGUUACUGAGCUACUUGGAAAGGCUGCGGUAAUGUAUUCUCAAAGAAUCAGACAACUCGAGGGGGGAAAGAUGGGCUUCGGAGGAACACAUGAUGAGGUCCGAGAGUCAGUUGCCCAGCUGGGUGAUGCAGCAGUGAGCUCAAGUCAGACAUUUCAGAGAAGAGUUGCUCUUGAGCUGAAUGACCACUUUUUUGUGCCAGGCUCUGUGGAGUAUGAUGGAGAUAAAGUUCUUGGGUCCGUACAUAAUGAACAAAAAGAACGUUAUGUUACUCUGACAAAGCCACCAGUCAUCAAGGCUCAUGGUAUUCUUGGUCAGGCUCUCUUUGACGUCUGUGUCCCAACGGAUGUCGAAAACUGGGAUAUAAAGCCAUCGUCAUUCCUGAAGCCCCCUUCCUCUUAUUCAAGAAAAAGUUCACCUUUCAACCCCAUCAAGUGCAUUCGACGCUCAAGACUCUAAUGUCAGUGGUUUACAGAUUUCAGAGAAUCUUCAGAACAUUGCAUGGUGUUUUACGCUGAAUGGAAGCUUCAGAACAUUGCAUGAUGUUUUAGGUUUGAAAGGACGGACAAUUUUCAUAUGCAAAUAUUCUGCUGCCGCAAAGGUAUUGAUCGCUCUGGUCUCAAAGUCUGAACUAGUGGCAGCUUUCUUCUUGUUUCUUGUAAUCUUAAUGUAUACCGUGUACUACAGAGCGUUGUUUAUGGAGGGAUGAUCAAUGAUCCCCUCACUGUACUAGAAUUGACAUUAAGAGGAAUCUGCCGAUAUAAUAAUUCUCCUCUGCUGAAGAAAUAUACAUAUAACAUACAUUUCACCUUA